CUUCGCCGUUCUGGCCUAUCGGCACGUGUGACCUGCGUCAAAACAAGAAAUCGACGGCGCUGUUAUGCAGAUGGCUGCUUGAAGGGUUGCCUGCAUCUGCAACAGGAGCGAAUCGGCCCGUUUCGCGGCGCGGCCGAUGACCUUUGGCCUGAUCCGGCACCCUGGAGCGGCAGCAGCCUGAGAGUGGUUUUUCCAACCAGAGACUGAUUGUGAGCCUUUUCGAGUGUCGUUUUUUCGUCCGAGGAAAGUGUGAAACUUAUUGAUUUUGUGCGCGUUUUUUCUCUUGACUGUGAUCCUCAACCAAUGGCAUCCUGCAGAUCAACUUAAAGAAAAACAGUGCCAUCAAAAGGGCUGCAGCCCUUGACCCCUUGCAAAGAGACGCCGGCGUUUGUUUGAUCUCUCUUUCUGCACACCCGUUGGUUGCCAUGGCAUCAUCGGCGCUCUUCUGCCUCAGCCUGCAAAUCCUGCCGUAAAAGAUGUCCAAUAUUUGGAAGCCGAAUCCAGAGCUGGUAGCCCUUGUGUUCGGGACUCAUUUCAUUGCUGUCAAAAGUGUUGGUUCCAACCAGCUGCAGCAGCAACAGCAACAGCAAAGAGGUGAGAGUUCAAAAGACACCAACAACAAUGGCGGUCUACGUAUCAUCCGGGCCGCUGAAGACAUUUCCACCGCUCCUGUGACACCCGCGCCGGACAACGCAGACUCGAAGCCGAGUCGGACUUCUGACGAAGAUGGCGAACCGAUCAAGCUGCCUGAAAACCUAGAGAGCCUACCUAAGGCGGACCACUUCCCGACGCAGAGGCACCGCUGGAAUACCAAUGAGGAAAUCGCCGCCAUCCUCAUCAGCUUCGAGAAACACAAUGAAUGGCUGUCGAAGGAGGUGAAAAUAAGGCCAAAGAGUGGAAGUAUGUUGUUGUACAGCAGGAAGAAAGUGCGGUAUCGUAGGGACGGCUACUGCUGGAAGAAGCGGAAAGACGGGAAAACGACGCGCGAGGACCACAUGAAGCUGAAGGUCCAGGGCACUGAGUGCAUCUACGGCUGUUACGUCCAUUCAGCGAUCCUGCCAACUUUCCACCGGAGAUGUUAUUGGUUACUCCAGAAUCCGGACAUAGUGCUGGUGCACUAUUUGAACGUGCCGUACCCAGACGACAACAAGCUAGUGAUCUCGCCGAGCCUGGCCCUGUGGGGUGACAAGAAAGAAUGGACCAAAGAAGAGCUCGUGUCGCAAUUGCGACCCAUGUGUGAGUGCGCCCACUCGCGUCAUGCUCCCUAUCGGCUGGCUGGAAACGUUGUCAAGGUUUUCAGCGAAGACGAGCCCGACCUCAACAACGAGCUGGAGAUUACGACGGCGGAGACGGUGGAGGCGAUCGUGACGCAGCUGAUGGAGAAGCAGCGUCAGGCGCGACAAGCGGCGCUCAGCAAGCAACUGGAGUGCGGUUGUCCGGACUCGACGUGCGCCGACGGCAAGGCCUGUUCACACCCCAUGCGACGCAUUUCGGCGGCCAAGAGCGAACAUCACUCGGCCGCCUCGUCGCCGGCCCCCGGCUCAAAUUCGUCCGUUUCACAGGCCUCCAACGCCUCCGGGGGCAGCAGCGGCGGGUCUAACUCCGGAGGCGGCAGGCAGCAGCAAAACCAGCAGGUGCUCAACAUGGCUGCACUCAAUGACAACAACAACCAGGUGUCUUCAACGACUGGUUCGGGGAGCAUGAUCUUGGCCACGUCGUCGCACAGUCUGCAGAGCAUGUCGAGCAACACGCGCGCCAUCGACACGAUCAGCACGGCCGGCGGCCAAAACAACUCGGGGACGGCCAACAACAGCGCGUCGCUGGUGCUAAGCCUGAGCCAGAUCCAGGGUGGUGGUGGCCUCCUCAUCCUCAACAGCUCCUCUUCGGGCUCCACGGCGGCGUCGCAGGGCGGCCAACUGGCGCCCGUCUCGGUCGCCUCCUUUGUCUGCAACCAGAACAACAGCCUGGUGCGCAGCAACACCAUGAAGCAGGAGCAGGGCACCAAGGGCCUGGUUUUGAAGCAAGAGGCGAUGGAAACGUCGUGCUGCCACGAGCUAGACAAUCUGAAGAUGGACGUGACGAAUGGCAACGUUUCGUUCGAGUCGUCGUCAUCCAUGUCACCAUCCACGUACCCCGAACUGUCCAAGUCGGUGACGCCAAAGCCGAUGGACACGAGCAGCAACAGCACGUCGACCAGCUCAUCGGCCGACCACCACAACUACCACACAAAAAUCGACGGCAGCAUGAGCGACGCGACAGGGGUGCACGGUUUCUUCAACGAAACCUUGGACUUGUCGCAGGAGGACAUCCAGAAGACCUUGUCCGCCAACAUGCCGCCCUCUUGUUCCAACGAUCAUAUAGCUGCGGUUGUGGGAAAAGCACCGCCAGUGGUGGAGCCAGUGCACCACGCUAAUGUGUUGACGGACUCUGUGGUGGAGUUGAACCCGAUGGACUUCAUCGACAGCGACGACGUGUCGCCGCACUGCGAUGAUGACGUGUUUGUCAACCUGGACGCGUUCGACAUGCUGGGCGACUUCCCGGAGCUGGAGAGCCUUGACUCGGGCGGCAUGGUGCACCACCACAUGGCCGCCCAGCACCACGCGGUCCUCGCCGGCGGCCACGGCCACUCCAUGGGCCCGGCCUCGGUGCACGUGUCCGAACCCAGCCCCGUCGACCCCGCCACACCUGGCCCCGCCGACAAGAGCAGCCAGUCUUCGCCCCGCAUGGACUACAGAGAGGGCACUGCCAAUAUUACAGACUACUCGCCGGAAUGGGCCUAUCCUGAGGGAGGUGUCAAGGUUCUGGUGACUGGACCGUGGUAUUCAACCACCUCGCCAUAUACUGUUCUCUUUGAUACGGUGGCUGUGCCCACCACGCUAGUACAAAGCGGAGUACUUAGAUGCUAUUGUCCAGCUCACGAAGUUGGAUUAGUCACUUUACAAGUUGCAUGUGAGGGUUUUGUGAUCUCUAAUUCUGUGAUAUUUGAGUACAAAAAACCUGCGCGAGGGGAGCGUUUACAGACAACCCAUGAACCCCAGCAGGUGCAUGAGCGAGGUGGUGCCUCUGAUAAUCUGCUCAAGUUCACCCUUAUGCAGCGCUUAGAGGCUAUGGACGGACGGUUGCACAUUAAACAGGAACCAGACUCGGGCAAUGAAAUGGUUGAAAGUACAGCCCUUUUGACUCAGAGCAAUUUUGAAGACAGAAUGGUAGCAAACUGCCAACAAAUGACACACCGACCGUGGCGGGAGGGAGAGGAGCAGCCCUUGUGCGAGGAGAGCAACAGGGGAAUGAAUCUUUUGCACCUUGCCGCCGCGUUGGGAUACUCAAGACUUGUUUGUGCCAUGUUGCACUGGCGAGCGGAAAACUCGUCACCCGUUUUGGAGUCUGAGGUGGACGCGUUGAGUCAAGAUGAUAAUGGUUUCACGCCUCUCAUGUGGGCAUGCUCGAGAGGACACCUGGACACGGCGCUGGUGCUGUACGAGUGGAACCACGACUCGCUCAAGGUGUUGAACAACAACGGACAAUCAGCGCUGGGAUGCGCUCGCUCGGCGCACCACUCAGCCAUCGCGGAGGAGAUCGAGAAAUUGGAGGCCAGCAGGGAAAACGCCAAAGUCGAAAUGCCCUUGAGGGAGAGGCUCAAGAAGGGAAGCAGGGGCUCAGAUGGAAUUUUCCUACGGCCUGGAGUGGUUACGAGAAGUGAGGCUCAAAAAUACAAAGCCCUGAGUUUGGAGUCGAAUGAUACCUCGCCCAGCAACCAGGACUCAAGCUCGAGGAGUUCGUCUUCAUCCUCCCUCAGCCCCGCAGGUUCAAUCGCAUCCCUGCACCGCUUGUCCAAACGUCCAUCUGUGGACAGUGGUAUCCACCUGAGCUCUUCCUCUUUUGAUCCGAGAAAUCGAAAGGGCAGCGCGUCCAACUUGGGCAAAGACACGCCAAAAUUAUCAAGAUUUGACAGGAGUAUGUCACUUCCGUUGAACUCGCACAUGAUGGACCAUUUGUGUGACAGUUCGGAGAGAAGUUCACCACCAAGGAAAAUGGACUUCGCCUUAUGCGAGGUAGCUGGUGCACGCAGUGAGAGUCCUUUGAUAGACGUUGAGGCCCUUUCUGAUGAAGAAUCAGAAGCCAAAGCAAGCAACGUUGGGGAACAAGACGCCAGAGUUUUGACACUGGCUGAGCAAAUCAUCGCUGCAAUGCCAGACAGAAUAAAGAAUGAAAGUGAGGAGCUGAUGUUUAGUGAGUCAAGUCCACUGCCAGAGUCAAACGCCGACUCAUUGUCUGAAAGCUUCCUCGAGCCCAUGCUAGAUGAGCCGUCCUCUUCCUUUGAAACAUCAGAGUUCAAUUUUGAAUUUAGUGAUCACAGCUAUAGGUAUUAUGACGUUGCUACUCCAAGUUCUAGCAUGUCGCCAGCGUCUUCAAGUUGCUUGCAAAGUCCGAGCUCGUUUACACUGGACUCGCCAUCUCCACCACCCACAACUGCAGACUUCUGCGAAUUCUUCCAAGCUUCCGGCACUUUGUUCGAAAAGGAUUUCUCCAAUUUAACCCUGUCAGAUCGCGAGCAAAGAGAACUUUACGAAGCGGCCAAGAUCAUCCAAAAAGCAUAUCGCUCAUACAAGGGUAGGAAGAAGGCCGAGGAGCAGGACAAGGAAAGGGCUGCUGCCAUCCUCAUCCAGAACUAUUACAGACGCUACAAACAGGAGGACUUAUUCCCAACGCCGGCAACAUCAGGCCGCUCGCAAAAUCCAGCAAUUUAUGCGCCAAUCCAAAAACAAUCCUUGGGAUAUAAGCCCUGGACACAUGAUUGCAGAAAGAACGGGCUUUGGCAGCCGAAAAAGAGAAGCAGGAGGGUCUCCAGGUUGCGGCUUCACAGGCAUCCAUGCCUUCUGUAUCCUCCCGGCAAAAGUGGCUGUGCCCCCCAGGACCCUCCACAGACCAAAGCAAUAAAUUCAAUGGCAACAGCCGCUUCUCGCGACGCAAGCUUUAGAUUAGAAAUUCUAAGGGCAAUUGUCGUACCACUAGUGGAGGAAGUGACUCCAAUGGAAAUUGAGACAAACCACCCAGCAAUCCCUCAUCAUAGUAAUGAGCUGCAGAUCAUUUCAACUUACCUGACGCGCAUCUUCUGCCUCAUCUCCAUGAAGCUGCAGCAGGAGAAGCAGAGAGGAGCUGCCCUUGCGAACGUCCAUCCAACUUUCGUUAAGUAGAAAACUGGAAAGAAUGCGCGACCGAACCAAAAUGAAAUGAAAAUGAGAAAGAGAGAGCGUGAAUAAUAGGGAAUUAAAUUAAAUAUCUGAACUGACGGCGGGGCCCUCGGUUGGUACUAUUUUUAUGGAACAGAGAAAAAAGGGUUAACAAACAAAAUAUUGAGUGGAGUUCAAGUGAAGUAAGUGUACAUAGGGAAAAAAUUAGCAACCGAAAGAAAAAUAAUAUCUUGCGACACGUUGUUGAAUUAUUGACUAAGUAAGUAAGUAAGAAUAAAUACUUUGUGUUUUUGUAUUACCGAGAGUAUAAAAAAUUAUUUUAUUUAUAUAAAUUUUAAGGCGACAGAGGAAGUUUUAAAAUAAUUAAUACCAAAAGAUGACAAAGUUUAAACUUAUCCUCUCUGAUAUGUAAAUAGCGAUCAGCCGUCAUAUUUGAAAAAAAUCUCUACUAAUUAAUUAUAUCAUAAAAAUAGGCUAAGAGUUCACAACAUAAUUAUUAAUAUUAUAUCACAUUAUUACCGAUACAUAGUUAAUUAAAAAAUUAGAGUUUAGUCAGUAACUGGCGAGAGAGAAACAAACAAAACUGGAGGCGGAAAAAGAGGAAUAAAAUGUCUAUAGUACUCGAAGUGUGGAUGAAUUGAAAUUCUCUACUUUCCUACUAUAAACAUAAAUUUAAGACUAACUCGUAAUCGUAGACACUCAUUCACUCAUAAUUCAAAAUAAAUAUACAAAUAUUCUCAAUUUUUUCAGUUGGAAUUUAAAAGAAGAAGAAAAAAUGAUAAUAUUACAAAAGCGCCCAUUUUCUGGUGCUCACAUUAUGUCUUUCAUGAAAAAAGCUCGCGCCAUACAUCCACGACUUGUUAUUAAUACUGUCUACGAGUAAAUCAAAACCUAUGUAGGGGAGUUAAUUCAUUGAUUAAUUAAUUAAAAGUCAAUAGUGUAUAGUCACUCUAGGCGGCCAGUCUGACUUUGCCGCUCCUUUGUCUGUUGAUUGCUAGCUCUGAAAUACGCAAAGCUACCCUUUUACUCUAAAGAGAAACUCUUUUCCAUUUUCCUUCCCCACACAUUCCCACGCGAUUUUUUUUUUUAAUUUUUCUUCCAGAUACACUUCCUCCGCCCUUCUUCAUGCCAAUCGUAGUAAUUUUUGCCAAGCUUUUAUAAACGCCACCGUCGAUUUUUGAACAGAAAAAACGAGUACCUAAAACGUAGGCGACUUUUAGCUCAUUAUUAUAAAUAUAAUUCUACAAUUGAUGCAGGCCAAUUGCAAUAAAAAUUAGAUGAGAUCGCGGCAAUAAAGAGAAAAUAAAAAUUGAAAAGCAGAGUCAAUAAUAAUAAUUUAUGCACAUAACCAAUUGAGUAUAUAAGCAUGUUUUAUCAAGUUGGAUGGUAUGAUUUAUUUUCCUAUUACUGAGAAAGCACGCAUAACCACUGCCAUGUGAAGAAAAUACCGAUAUUAUGAAUUAAUAUUAAAAAAAAAAAAACACACACAUCCACAACACACACACACAACAAUUCCAAAAAGUAUUUGUAAAUCUCUGUAGAAAAACUCCAAGUAGUUUCAAAUUCUCGCAAAAUGUAGAAAAAUUGAAAAAAAAAUCUUCAUUAAUUGUAAAGGCAAUCUUUCUACUUUGGAUUUUGUACCUUCUUCUUGUUCUUGGUGACAAAAAAGGCAAAAAAUCCCUCUAAGUAACCUCCUAAAUGAAUUUUACCCGUUUGGAGACGCAUAUAAAAAAGUGGCGCAAAUCAACGCGGACCACCGUUGCACGCAGCAAUCAGUAAAAAAUCUCGCAAUGCUUUUAUUCUGACUUCUCUCUUGACGAAAAAAUUUGAUAAAAGAUCAACCAUGAGACUUGUUGCGAAUUCCACAACGCGCUCCAAUCACGUAGAUGCAAUCAAAAGUAAAAGUUAAUUAAUAUUUUAUUACCUCAAACUCUCUCUCUAAUAUUGGUUACAAAAAUAGAGAAAAAGAAUUGAAAAUUCUGACAGACAAGUUGGUCGCCAAAAGUUUAACGGAGGCGAAAAGGUAAAAUCAACGUAGUUGAGAGUAUUAUUAAAAGGUAGAGCCCUACUUCUUACAUUAACUUAUAUACGCGCAUCAUGUACUUUACCUCAAAAGGUACACCACACAAUAACGAAAUAGGAAGAAACUGUAGCGUUUUGCAUCAUAUCUUAAAUAUCUUAAACUACCUACAUUACUUAACGAGAUCAUCAUUAUUUGAACAAGAUUUAUACGGUUAAGAGAGAGAUUGCAAAUAAUAAAAUUUAUUAUAUUAAAUAAUAGAAUUAUAGGGAGAAGGAGAAUAGUGAAAGCAAUGACAGGGGUGAUAUGAUCCACAACUGUUAAUAUGAAAAAUUAUCGAAAAUGGGUCAGUGUUCUACUGUCUAGUAACUCUCGAACCUAAUUGAAAACUUAAAAAUUUAAUCUAAUCAAUUUAUGAAAGAAACAAAAAAAAUUACUUAUACAUUGUUGGUCCGAGACGAGUGAUUCAAUCGAUAGGAAUUUGAGAAAGAUUUUUUUGUUUUGUAAUAAUUGUCUUGGGUGUUACCUCCCCAAGCUUCAAUCAAUCGCAACGUAGACAGCACACACUGUAAUUGAACUCGCAUUUUCAAAGGAGAUGGGGGAAAAGGAGAAAUUGAAGCUUGUGUGUAUAAUAUUUUCCUGGGAUUUUUGACUAGCUCAAUUUUUAUCGGCCUGGCUGCGUUUAAAAUAAAAGAAGCACCCUGAAAAAAAAACCAC